CAAAGUUCUCCCACCUCUAACACAGCCCAAAACACAAUUGUCAUUUUAAAACCGAGUUUGCCGAGUUAAUUCCGAAAAGAAGCCCAAGAAAUGGAGGAGAGUUGGUGGGUGGCCAAUCUGAAGGCUCUGGAAUCGCAGCCGCAACGCCUGGAGGCCCUGACCAGGAUGAACACGGCGAUCGGCAAGGAGGCGGCCCUGCCGCGCCAACUCAUCGGUCGCCUUUUGUCGGCGGCGGAAUUGUACGACUGCGCCAAUCCCGCCGUGGAUGCGUCUACUGGCAAGGAUCCCUCUGUGGACGUGGCCCUGGAGCUGCUGGGCCACUGCCUCGACCAGCUGCCGCUGGACACCUCCGACGAGCAGCUGCCCAGGCUGCUGGGUCGCGGCUUAGGCCACCCGAAUCCCGCCCUGCGCUCCCUAAUCCUGGCCAGCGUGCUCAGGGAGCUGCGCCGCCAGCUGAACGCCGGCCAGGUGCGCCCGCUGCCCAACAACGAGCUGAUCCUCCACAUCCUGGACGAGCUGAGGCAGCCGCAGACGGAGGCCAGCUCGCUGGCCAUCAAUAUCCUCUCCAUUCUGCUCGUCCAGCGACUCGGCGACGCCGACGUGCAGGCCAAGCUGGUGCAGCUGCUGCAGCAGGACGAGAUCGUGCGCUGUCGCGCCUACGAACUGGCCGUGGCCCUGGCCAAAAGCAGUGCCGCUUCCCUGAGCGCCGUCGAGUUCAUUUUGGACGCGGCACUCAGCGAGCUGGACAACGACGAUGUGCUGCUGCAAGCCAGCGUAAUGGAGCUCCUGGUGCCGCUGGCCGAGCAGAACCACGGCCUCUCCUACAUGGAGCGACGUCGCGUCUUCGAUGUGAUCAGCGGCCGGGUGCAGCGCAUCGAGGAGAAUCCCCUGGACGCCCUGCUCAUACCCAGCAUCAUGAAGUUCUUCGGCAAGAUUGCCGCCGUCCAGCCGCAGAAGAUCAUCGCGGGCUAUCCGCACAUGCUGGCCUGCCUGUUCCAGCAGCUGCAGUCGGAGGACGAGACCAUUCUGCCCACAGCCAUGGACACGCUGGCCAAUUUGGCCAGCACGCCGCAGGGAAAGGUGCUGCUGCACUUGAACUUUAACACGGCCAUGGAGGAGUCGUUCAAGAAGUACGGCUCGUACACAAAGAAGCUAUCGGCGCCGCUUAAAGAGCGCCUGCUCAACUCGCUGGAUGUUGUUUAUGCGGUGGAAACACCGCCCACCAAGGAGAUUAAUUCCAUCCUAAAAACCUGGUACGAAAGCUUCGCCGGCGGAGCACAGGCCAAUGCCAUCAUGGAGCUGAUCAACACGCCGUUCCCCGACCUCCAGUUGGCCGCUUUGGGUCUCCUGAAGUCCAUCUGCAAGUACAACUGGGGCAUUGUGGCCCUGAAGAACACCGGCGGCGCUGUGGAGUUCCUGCUGUCGCGCCAGAAGGAUCUGCACAAGGACGUCAAGUACCUCAAGUGGGAGAUCAUGGAGAUGCUGGCCGCCAGCGCCGAGUUCUCGCCCACCGAAACCGUGCGCUUCGCGGCCUACGUGAACGAGGGUCCCUACCACAUCCAGGCGGACGUUAACAUAGCCACCGAGGGGCAAAGCUAAGUGCCAAGCAUUUACCGCCUUUUACCGCCGAUUAUAAAUCAAGUGUACAGCGAAAGGGUUCAACUAACAUCUGAAUAUGUAUUUAUAGAAUUACAAUAAGAUUUAACUAUUAGAUCACAUGUAACAAAGCCCCGCGGGGCAGGUCGAAUUGAUGGGGAUAUACAUGUACUUUGGACAAUUGUAAGAGGUUUGCCUUAAAAACGAUUGGUAAAAUAUCUUUGGGGGGUGAGAAAUAAAAGAUAUUAAAUGAA